AGAUAGGACGACAGCUUUUUCCAGGAAAAGAGCAAGAGAAGAGUGUAAUUGUCUGCUGAAAUACAAAUAAUAAUAAUAAUAGAUUGGAUUCAUACAGCAACCUUUCAGGGGACCCAAGUGAUCAGACAGUCUGAUCCACACACAAGUUUACUCUUUACACAAAAGAUGGAUUCAAUUCGGCCAGAACUGUUUGAUUUCCAUGGAGUCUCAAUGAGCCACUAUUUCACAAACAACUGGGAGAACGUUCAAAACUUCCAGGCCAGGCCAGAUGACAUAGUUAUUGCAACUUAUCCUAAAGCUGGAACAACAUGGGUCUCUUACAUCCUCGACCUGCUGUAUUUUGGUCAAACAGCUCCAGAGCGUCAGACAUCCAUCCCAAUCUAUGAAAGAGUGCCUUUCCUGGAGACAGCCCGCGUGGCUUCAAAGAAAGGAAAAGACCUAGCAGACAAGCUGCCAACCUCUCCUCGGCUCAUUAAAACUCAUUUCCCCAUCCAGUUUGUGCCAAAGUCUUUUUGGGAGCAGAACUGCAGGAUAAUCUACGUGGCCCGCAAUGCCAAAGACAACGUGGUCUCUUAUUAUCAUUUUGACCGCAUGAACCAAGCUCAGCCAGAGCCUGGAGACUGGAACAGCUUCUUCCACAGAUUCAUGGAGGGAAAGAUGGUGUUUGGAUCCUGGUAUGACCAUGUGAACGGAUGGUGGAAGAAGAAGCAGACUUAUUCAAACCUUCAUUACAUGUUCUUUGAAGAUCUGCUGGAGGAUACUGGACGAGAAAUAGACAAACUGUGCAGCUUUCUUGGUUUGUCUCCUUCUGUUGAGGAGAAGGAAAUAGUUGCAGGGAAAGUUCAGUUUGAUAAUAUAAAGAAGAACAGCAUGGUCAACUACUCUACGCUCUCUGUAAUGGAUUACAACAUUUCUCCUUUCAUGAGAAAAGGAAAGGUUGGUGAUUGGAGGAACCAUUUCACUGUGGCUCAGAAUGAAGAGUUUGAUGAAGACUAUAAGAAAAAGAUGAAGGACCACACGUUGCAGUUCCGCACUGAAAUUUGAGCAGGACUGAAUAUGUGUUUCAUUUCUGAAAAGAAUAUUCAUUUCAUAGUUGCCUGGUAGCAGAAGGACAUUGUUGGUCGUCUUGGUCCAAAUCUAAUGCUAACAAUGUUUGCCACGUAUCUCUUAUGUGUCACUUGAGACAAGUUGUAUGAUAUUAUUAUUUAUACUGCUACUAGUGGUGCAACAAAUCACAGUUGAACUGUGACCCUUCCUUCACGCGCCCUUGGUUUAGGAGCGGAACUGAAAAAGGAAAAGUA